GAGACAUACAUAAAAACAUAUUUCAACAAAUAUUUUUGUAAAAGUUGUUAUUUUUAUUUGUAUUAACAGAUAUUGAUGAAUGUGCAGACGGCAGUUCUGAAUGCAAGGUUUUCUGUGUCAACACUUUGGGUUCUUACAAAUGUGAAUGUAAUGACGGAUAUGAACUUGCCGCAGACGGAGUCACUUGCACAGACAUAAAUGAAUGUUCCUUUGCAAACGGAGGAUGUGACCAUACGUGUGUUAACAUACCUGGUACGUUCUAUUGUGAAUGUAGACAAGGAUUUGAAAGAGAUGCAGAUGAAAGAACUUGCUCAGACAUUGAUGAGUGUGAACAAGGGAUAUCCGGAUGUUCACACACAUGUCAGAAUACAAAUGGAUCAUAUGUUUGUAAGUGUCCUAUUGGAUAUGAAAUACAAAAAGACUUUGAGGACCUGCUCUGAUAUAGACGACUGCAUGAACGUCAUUUGCCAACACGGUGGCACUUGCAAAGAUGGUUUGAAUUCAUACUCCUGUUCAUGUCUGCCAGGAUUCACAGCUGCACACUGCGAGAACGACUUAGAUGAAUGCCUUACCUAUAAUGGGGGAUGUCAAGAAGUAUGUACUAAUACAAUAGGAUCUUACAUUUGCGGAUGCUAUGACGACCGACAUAUACAUGUAGACGGCAAAUCAUGCCCUGGAGGAGGAAAUAGAGAGGGGAAUGUUUUUGAAAGAAAUAGUAUUGGAGGAGGCUUGCUCCCAAAACCAUGUUUUGUCUUGCAACUACCAGGAUGUACAGAUGGUACCAAUAUUACCUUGCAAUUAGCAUCGACGUCAGAGUGGUACAAGGCUUCAAAACAGCCUAAUGUUUAUUAUACCUAUGGUAUUACCUUUGUGAAAGUGAAUGAUUUAUCUUUACCAAUAUCGAUUCGUGGUUUUGACGUAACUUUUUAUAAUGGAAAGUUCGACUUCAAACAUGGUGUUGAAUAUGGCAUAGAAGAUGGCUCUGUAUUUGUGGACAAAGCAACAUCAGCUGACUGCAAACCAUUUAAACUGAUAGAAACAGAUAUAUUCGAUUUUAUUUCUCAUGGGUCGUUCUUCAGAACACUACUUAUUUCAUUAUUUCCAGUACUUCCAGAUUGGAUAUCUUUUGACAAGACAAGCAAUUCCGUUCUAGAGAUUGUAGAUAUGAAAAGUGAUUUAGUAUAUGGUAAAGAUAUACCCGAUAAAGAAUAUUGCAAUGGCGCUCCUGUUAUCAAAACUCAUUUGUACACGGUAUUCACAUUUGGGUCUAACUUUUCUCUCAGAGUUUUAGGUGAAGAAGUAAGAUUUCCUGUGCCUUUAAAGGGUAAUAAAUUCUGUAUGAUUGUUGAUCUUUGUCAUACAAAUGGUGGAAGCUUUUUUUUAAUGAUACCUGCUGAGUCACGAAGUAUUCUAGACAACAUGAAUAUAUUUCAACAACUUAAACAGAAAUUUGGCCUUGAAAUUUUUCCAAGAGGAAUUGGAUUAUCUGUAGUAAAUGGAAUCAAUGUCCAUCACCAUGCAACUGAACUUCAGUUAUGGAAUGGGGAUGCAUCAUUCACUUACCCUGUGUUUCCUCGAAGUGAUGUUUGGAUCGGUGGUGAUUUCAGCAUAAAAGAUAACUUGGUCGAUGAAAGUUGGUUGGACGUGACUUGGAAGGUUGACGGCAGUUCAGAUAUGUAUUUAAAUGUACCAAAUGUAAAAAAUAUUUUAACAAACAUUUUUUAUGAAGAAUGGAACUUAUUUGUUGAUAUCACAAUGACGGCAACAUUGAAAUUGAAACUGUUUGGUGCAAAGUUUGACGUACAUUUUCCGGAAGCUGCAGCCAUCCAAUCCUAUACAUCCAUUGGCGGAAAUAACAGAACUUUGUGCGGGGGAAAAUCAAAUCCUCCAGGAAUUUUCUUCUCAGUUAUUUUGAACGUAAACCCUUUUCAAAAUGUUCCGCUACUGCAGGAUUGGCUUUUAAAAAACACUAAUCGUGUGUAUGCCUUUGUUACAUAUGAGCAUGGAAUAAAUAGUUUUUGGUUUGAUGUCAAGAAUGACAUUCAUAAUUAUGAAAAAAUCGUUGACAGAUUACUUCAUCUUUUGGAAACAUCUCUUGAAGCACUUAAGAUUGUUUUUAAAGAAACUACUAAAGCACUUAUAACAGACAUUAAAAUACUACUUUACACGUUAAAAAAUCUGUUUCAAGACAUUUUAGGAAUGAUCGUGUCUAAUGACUUAGCUGAAGCAAAACGUAUGUUUGAAAACGUAUGGACAACAUUUGUCAGCCUGGAAUCAAAAACCAAAUUGUUCCUUUACGAGACUGAAUUUAUUGUGCAUGAACUUUUCAUAAACCUUAAAUUGCAACUCGAAAGUGAAAUAAAUGCUUUAAAGACUUAUGUAACAAAUACUGUUAACAAAAUAACAAACAGUUUGAUCAAAUCGGCUUCUUCAUUUACAGAAUUCGGAUUGAAAUUUUCAGUGUCCUUGAAAAUCAUGGGGUUGACUUUGGGUGACUUUAAAAUAGAGCUUGUUUAUUCAGAUGGCAGUCUGCUAAAGUGCAGUAGAUUUGAAAGAAUAAGAAAUUUUCUAAAAGACGAAAAGGCACUUAGGUUGAUUGGAAGAUUAACUGUUGCCAAACAAUUUAAUUUCUUUUUGAAGUCAAUGAAUGGGUUUGAAAUUGGUGGAGCAUUCUCGGUGAGCAAUUCAAAGUUUCUUAUUCAACAACAAGUGUAUUCAAAUAUAUUAGGUUUGAGGGCGACAAGCGAUUUGUUCAUAACCAAUAGUCGCGUCUAUCUGCACAUUGAAGGAAAUAUUUGGGACAUUUUUCUUGCUCAUGUUGACAUAUAUGCUUCCUCUGGUAAGAACUGGCAUGCUCUGACUUUUAGAGUUAUAGGAACUUUUGUUGCAAAUGUUCGAAAGCGCCGACAAACACAAAUAGACAGUUCAUCUUUUCAAGGCAGUUAUUUAGAGGCCAUGAAAAAAAGCUAUUAAUUU